UGCUCUCUCCCUUUCAAACUGCCUAGCAGGCCAUUAGACGACCACUUUUACACCUCAAACACCUUUUUCAACUCACUACAUCGACCAAACAAUAUCCCAUACCCCCCGACACACCCAACCUCCAACCCAACACAACCAUUACCAUCCAAUCCAAAUCCCCCAUCCAGAUACUACACCACCCAGAAAUGAAGACCAACGCAGCGUAUCAUUACAACAAUCCAUACCCAUACCCAUACUCAUACUCACCCCUUAACCCUCCUAGCCCCGAAAGGAAGUACAUCCGAUACCCCCUCCCCUCUCCUCCGCGAUACCACUACCAAAGCAACAAGCAAAAUAGCUAAUCGGCCACAAUCGGCUUUCAUCCCGCCAAGCAAACCCAUCCCAUCCUUCCAGAAAUUCUCACCCGGAAUCCAAAAUCCCUCACUAGCUGGAUCCAGCCAAGACACAGACGCAUCUAGCCACGUGCAAUAACCACGGACUUCGGAAGCAUCAGCAUCAGUGUCAGACUCGGGGACUGAUUUAAUCUAGUC